UUAUAUUUCUCAGUAAUUCAUUAGGCUAUUCAUAUUAUCUUAUUGAUUUAACCUUUGCAACAUAACAGUUAAUAGAAACCUUAUUGGAACGGGUAUCAUGACUACUGACCAAAAGAAGAAGCUGCUGUGGGGAAACAAGAAAACCACCACUAAUACUGAAGAGUCAACUCAUCGAUGGGAUACAUCACUAUUUGGUGAUCGUGAUCGACAAGAAAAGUUCAACAAACUCAUGGGUGUGAAAGGAGACGUGCCGACAGAGAACAAACCAGUCAUCCACGAUGCAGAGAGGCAAAAGGAGCUCCAAAUGGACUUAGAGAAGCAAUACACUGCUGGACUUCGCCGAAGAGAUGGUCGUACUGUUGGACUAGGUCUCUAAGGACUUGCCUUAAACAUCUUUGUACUUUAAUUACUCUUGUGGUUGUUGUGUUGUGUUGUUUUGCAAUUCUGGAGCUGCAUGUAUUGUGUCGAACUAAACUAUGUAUCCUGAAAUUUACGUUAUCUCGUGAUCAAAGAUUGUAUUUUUUAAAUCU